AUGUUCUACCAAGGAUCCCUCCAGGACGGAAUCUCGACCGCAGUCGGUCAACAGAAGCUCGUCCUCUGCUUCGUGACAGAUGAGAGCGAAGAGGGCGUGCAGUGGGAGACGGAGUUUCUAACCGAUGAAACGCUGAGCGACCUCAUCAAGGACCAUGCCAUCGCACUCCGCCUCACAGCCGGCUCUGAGGAGGCUGGCUACCUGGCGCAGAUUUUCCCUCUACCCCGGACUCCCACUGUGGUUAUCAUUAAGAAUGGUGACCUGAAGGAGUACAUCACGCCUGGCACCAGCAAAGAGGAUUUCAUCCGGAGGGUCCAGAGUGUCUUCAACUCCACAACGUCAUCGUCGGCUGCGACCCAGCCGGCCCCGGCACCACCCAGUGCCCCAGCGCAGCCAGAACCCCCGGCGGCUGCACCACCAGCCGCAGCUCCUCAGACUUCAACAUCUGAGAAUGUUCGUCGGAUAUUAGCUGACCGGGCGGCCAGGUUGCAGGAGCAGAGGGAGGCCGAGAAAAAGGCAAAGGAGGAGCGCGCAAAGGCCGAAAAAGCAAAGGCGACCGCCAUGGAUAAGGACAAUGCGGCUGCGCACAAAGCAGCCGAUGCAGUGAGGAAGCGCAAGCAACAGGAUCAGGAGGAGCGUGCGAGGAUUCUCAAGCGCAUUGCUGAUGACAAGGCGGAGCGGCGGAUGCGUGCCGAAGAGCGCCAAAAGCAGCGUUCUGAGACGGUUGAAACUCCCAUCGAGGCGGUGGCCAAUCUGCCUUCCAUGACCAAGGUCGGCAGCAUGACGGCGCUUCAGGUACGACUCUUUGACGGAUCGACGCUCCGGUCGCGGUUCAAGUCGGAGACAGCUCUCAAGGAGGUGCGCAGCUGGGUGGAUGAGAGCAGGACGGACGGAAAGCAGCCGUACACGUUCAAGCAAGUGCUUACACCGCUACCUAACAAGAACAUUGACGAGACGGAGGAGGACAAGGCCAUUGGGGACCUCGGCCUCUCCCCAUCGUCAACGCUGGUGUUGAUUCCCGUCAAGAAGUACGUAUCUGCGUACGAUGAUUCAGGGAACAUCUUUACGAGGUUCAUCUACUUCAUCCUGGGCUUCUUUACCUGGUUCUUUGGGCUCUUUGGCUCGAGGGAAGACCGGGGAGCAUCGCAGGCACCGGCGCAUGACGACGAUGCACCCGCCAGCCCUCGGGAUGAGUCCCGAAUCCAGACCUUCCAGAACCAGCAGAGGGAUCAACAACUGUACAAUGGGAAUUCUUUGAAUUUCGAGCCACGGCCAGAUGAGGAAGAGAAGGAUGCGUAG